CGCUCGCGCUCCUUCGGCGGUCCAAUCAAAGUACUUUGUAUAUCAAUAAAAGACCUGUGCAUUGGAGAAAUCGCACAACCGGUCGUCUCACACGGGAACCACACAACAUUUAUAGAAAUCAUAAAAUAGACGCACAAUGGAGCACGACGUAGAUGUCAAAUCUGUUCAUAUAUUCGAGAACUGCGAUGCAGACAUCAUUCUCCGUUCCGCCGACGGCGUCAACUUCUAUGUUCACAAGCUCAUCCUCGCGAGAGCGUCCCCGAUCUUCUGCGAUAUGUUUCGCGUACCUCUUCCGCAGAACGAAGAGCAAGGCGGUGACACGGUUGAUGUUAAUGGCAUCCACGUAGUGCCCGUUACUGACGAUCAGGACACUCUGCGGCGGCUGCUCAGCAUCAUAUAUCCCGUGUCGUUUCCCGACAAGUUGUCGCUAGAUGAAAUAUGCAACUUAUUGGAGGCAGGCCGGAAGUACGAGAUGGAAGCGAUAUCUUCCAACCUAAGACGUGCCAUCAUGGAUUUUGUCGAUGACGAGCCGCUCAGAGUCUUCGCGAUCGCAUAUCUGUCCAAAUGCAUGGAGGAGUCUCGAGCCGCAGCAUUGAAAUCCUUGAAGCACGUCCUUCACCCGCUACCGGAAAUGCCUGCAGAAAUGAACCUCUUGCCACCUCGUGCCAUUUGGCGGUUGCAACAAUAUCACAGCCGUUGCGCACAGGCUGCUGUGAACCUCGUUGCAGACGCUCGCUGGAGUCUGACCGACGUUCCUCACCGUGCAAUCAAAGCCGAACACACUUACAGUUACAGCGGCCCUUCACCCCGCAUCACGAGCAGCCAUCUCAAUGCUGGUUAUUCGUGGGUAUGGUUUCAAUGUACCAGCUGCGAAGCGGAUAAGAAGGCAAACCUCGUGGUCACGAUAGAAGCACUCACGCGCGAAUUUACCCCGAGGUCGUGGUGGGCGGAUUAUGUGAAUGGGAUAGCUGCAGUCUUGAGAAGCAAGCCGGGAAUGCUUUCAACGGAUCGUUCGCGAUCCCGCCCUGCUGAAGGCCGCUAUGCGUCAAACCGCAUCUUGCCCGACUUGUGGACCACAGACCUUCGAGCAGCUCAUAGAAUUUGGUGAUUUGCUCAUGGUCAAAGUG